GGAUCAAGCAGAGUAAAACUAUCACGAAAUUAUCAUGCAGUCUUCUACUUUCCUGAUGGCCAUCUUGGUGGUUUCCCUACUGAUGCUAAUCAGCACUCCGGCAACUGAGGCCACCUUCUUCCUAAUCGCCUGCAUGUUGCGGUCACCACUUUGCCCCUGGAUUACCACCACAGCCGCUACCACCUCUAGCGGCUAGAGGCUAGACACCUAAAAAGGUGUCUCCCAUUGCCGAUAAACAUAUAUAAACCAUAAACAAAAAAUAAACCAUUGUAGUUGCAUUAGAGUAUGCAACCUUGUUCAACCAUUUGUCAAAUUA